AUGUGUGGUGGUACCUUCAGUAGAUGUGCACUCCUAGCACUGCUGGUGGCUGCAGCCUGGGCAGACCACCACCAUUCUGAACACAGCCAUACAGAAGACCAUAAGCUGUCCUCCCCCAAUGCCGACUUUGCCUUCGCUCUCUACAAAAGUCUGAAUGCCAAGACUGAUGCUGGGAAGAACAUCUUCUACUCCCCACUGGGUAUUUCCACUGUGCUGUCCAUGGUGUCUGCAGGGGCUCGAGGGGAAACCCACAGCCAGCUCUUCUCCGGCUUGGGCUACAGCGCCUUAAAUCAGUCUCAAGUGGAUGAAGCGUACAAGCAUCUCUUUGAAAUCCACGGAAAGAGUGAUGAAGAUCUACAGCUGGAUGUGGGGAACGCUGCUGCUGUCCGCUCUGGCUUCAGUCCCAGGGAGAAGUUCUUGAACGAUGUCAGACAGUCCUACUCUGGUGAGAUCUUCAGCAUCGACUUUAACAAUCCUACUCAGGCUGCAGCUGAGAUCAAUGGAUUUAUUGCAAACAAAACCCAUGACAAGAUCAGAGAUAUGGUGAAGGACCUGGAUUCUCUUACUGCUAUGGUGCUGAUCAACUACGUCUACUUUAAAGGUAAGGAAGGAAAUUCACCCUGAUCACCUUUAUGAUGAAUUUUAAACAUCCUUGUGUGAGUGCAGCUGACAAAAACAAUCAGGGUGAAAUAAUCAACUUUUUCAAGUAACUUACAUUGAAAGUUACAUUUUGAAACCAUAGGCAUAGAUCUCAUUAAAACAGUCGUCACAGCCUCAUUUGCAUGAACAUGUUUUGAUUGGUUAAAGGACAAAUCCUCAGUCAAAUAGCCAUGUGCAAGCAGGACAAUAACAGAUGUAGAUUUCAGUCAUUGUUGGACAGAAAAACGACCCAACUAUCAUGAUAUCAUGUUACAGUAGGAACCCUGUGAGUAGAAAUGACAGUGUGACAGAAAAUGAUGAAAUGUUGUUUUUCAUUUCCAGAGGUGUGUAUUUCAUAUAAUCUAUUCGUGGUUUCAGGUUUGUGUUUGCAUUAAAAUAAAGAUGAAUGAUUGUAAAUGAGAAUUAUGUCACAUUUGUGUCUUGCUCAGGAAUGUGGAAGAACCCUUUUAACAGUAUCAUGACACGAAAGAUGGACUUCAAUGUGGACAAGACCACCAAAGUCAAAGUAGACAUGAUGGAUAGGACGGGUACCUACAGCACUUACUGGGACCGUGGAAACCACACAACUGUCGUCAUGCUGCCCUACAAGGGUAACUGCUCCAUGAUGAUUGUCCUGCCUGAUGAAGACAAGAUGAAGGAGGUGGAGGGAUACAUCAACAAGGACUACAUCAGGCACUGGAGAGACUCAGUAUCCAUGGAGUAAGUAAGAUGUAGAGUCUUGAUUGGUUAAGGACAGGUCAGGGACUUUUACUGACAAAACAGGAAGGAGAAAGUUACAGAAACGGGUCUUUCUGAUCUGAACAAACCUACUAAGUUAUUUUUGAUUUUGGCCAGAUUUCACCCCCCCUUGCAAUUCCAGAUCUGCCUCUUCUUGCUCUCCACUCUCCACCUGAAGACUGUCUUUGACAUCAGUGAUGUCUUGUGUUUCUCAGGUAUAUAAUGCUGCACCUGCCAAAGUUUUCCGUCUCUGUCGACGCCCCCUUGGAAAGCACUCUGAAAGAAAUGGGCAUAACCGACGCUUUUGAGGACAAGGCUGAUUUUUCUGGCAUUUCUGAUAUGAAGCUCAAAAUCUCUAAGGUAAGAGAUUCUCCCUUCUCUGUUUCUGCCCUGAACUCUACCACCUGAGAUCUCCACAGUCCAAGUGUCCAACUAUAUUGAACACAGACUGCAUGAUACCAACAAGACUUCCUUUUCUCUCCUUCACAGGCGUCCCACAAGGCCAUGAUCAGUGUAACUGAGAUGGGAACAGAGGCAGCAGCUGUCAGCAUCAUUGAACUUAUCCCCUAUAGUAUGCCUCAAUCUGUAAUAAUUGACAGACCUUUCUUAGUUUUUAUCCUGGAGAACUUCACCGGGAGCAUCCUGUUCAUGGGAAAGAUCAGCAACCCGACAGCCAUGUGA